UUCUUUUCGACGUCAGACUUUUGUUUUUGCCUUCACCUAUUUUUCUGUUGACAAACUAAUCUUUUAUUUUCCUCAUCAGCCGAAUAAUAUCUCUUAUAUUUUUUUUCUUAUAUUCCUUUCUCUGCUAAUUAACAACUGGCUGGUUACUCUAGAAAAUCAUUUUCUCUUUUGCGCAUAAGUCAACUCUCUCUCUCUCUUCCUUCUCUUCUCUUCUCUUCUCUUUCCCUGUCUUUUCACUUUCUGCCAUGAAUGAGCAAACUCCGAUUGUAAUCGCAGUGUAAAUUUCCAAAACCGUCUAUUGACCUUGAUUUUCAGGGAAACUUGUAAUUUCUAUUCUUCUGGGUUGAAAUUUCCUUGAUGGGCAACGGAGUGACAAAACUGAGUACAUGUUUCACUGGCGGAGAUCGUUGCCGGCAAAAAGACAUCUCCGUUCUGCUUCCGGAUCCUCUAGACGAAGGUCUAGGUCACUCUUUCUGCUAUGUGCGACCCGACCCGACUCUACUUACUUCCUCAAAAGUCCAUUCAGAGGAAGAAACGACCAUGUUCCGCACAAUCUCCGGCGCCUCCGUCAGCGCCAACGCCGCAACACCUCUCUCCACAUCUCUCUACGAUCCGUACGGUCACAUCGACCGCGCCGCCGCAUUUGAGAGCACCACGUCGUUUCCGUCGAUUCCUCUGCAGCCAAUCCCUAAGAGCUCCGGCGGCCCGACCGUCUUGGGUUCGGGCCCAAUCGAAAGAGGGUUCCUUUCAGGUCCGAUCGAGAGGGGUUUCAUGUCGGGUCCGCUUGAUCGGGUCGGGCUGUUCUCAGGCCCGCUUGACAAGCCCAGCUCCGAUCAUCAGUUCCAGCGUAGCUUCUCCCAUGGUCUAGCUUUGCGGGUCGGGUCAAGAAAAAGGUCUCUGGUUCGGAUCCUCCGUCGAGCAAUCUCUAAAACGAUGUCAAGAGGGCAGAACUCGGUCGUUGCUCCGAUCAAAUCAUCCAAAGAGUCCGAUUGGGGAAUCAGGUCGGAGAAAAGCCGGAACCUGCAGCAGCACAACGAGAAUCUCACUGUGAAUAGCUUGAACUUUAGCAGCGAAGGAACCAUAGACGACGACGUUUCGCUGGAAAGCCAGAACCUUCAGUGGGCUCAGGGAAAGGCCGGUGAGGAUCGAGUACACGUGGUUGUUUCGGAGGAGCACGGUUGGCUUUUCGUCGGAAUAUACGACGGAUUCAACGGUCCAGAUGCGCCGGAUUACCUACUCUCUCAUCUAUAUCCUGCGGUACAUCGGGAGCUCAAAGGCUUGUUAUGGGACGAUCCAAACAUCGAAUCCAAACCCCAGAAUUCUUCUUUAGAAGUCGAUCUUGAGAGAUCUUGCGGUGAUGAAUCGUGUUCGAAUCAGGACAAUAAUAAUCCUUGUGAGCGUUGGUGGAGAUGUGAGUGGGAUCGAGAAAAUGAAGAUCUUGGCCGUCGAUUAAAGGAGCAAAUCAACCGGAGAAGUGGGUCGGAUAAGUUGCCGGCGGCGACGAACCAUUCGGAAGUUCUACAGGCUCUGUCACAAGCUCUGAGGAAGACGGAGGAAGCGUAUCUAGACACUGCAGAUAAGAUGCUGGAUGAAAAUCCUGAGCUAGCUUUAAUGGGUUCUUGUGUUCUGGUGAUGCUGAUGAAAGGUGAAGAUAUUUAUGUGAUGAAUGUCGGCGAUAGUAGAGCUGUGCUUGGUCAGAAAUCAGAACCGGAUUACUGGUUAGCGAAGAUAAGACAGGACUUGGAACGGAUCAACGAAGAAACGAUGAACGAUUUGGAAGGUUGUGAGGGAGAUCAAUCCUCUUUAGUCCCAAAUUUAUCGGCUUUUCAGCUCAGUGUUGAUCACAGCACAAACGUAGCAGAGGAAGUUGAGAGAAUCAGAAACGAGCACCCUGAUGAUGAUACCUCAGUGACGAAUGAACGAGUUAAAGGCUCCUUGAAAGUCACAAGAGCAUUCGGUGCCGGUUUCCUCAAGCAGCCUGAAGGGGAUCCAGCUCAGCAUCUUGUACAAGAGCUUUUGUUUAGAGCCGCUAAGAAAGCUGGUAUGGAUUUCCAUGAAUUGCUUGAAAUACCACAAGGCGAACGGAGACGGUACCACGAUGAUGUUUCUAUAUUAGUGAUCUCUUUAGAAGGAAGGAUGUGGAAAUCAUACCAUAUAAAAAAGAAACAGUCCACUUUAGUGGCGUUGGGUCAACAUCGACAAUCAAUCAACGUCCGUACAAAAUUUAUCGAGCGCGUGAUCCAUCCAACGUUUUCAAGAUUUGCAAAGCCAAUCAUGAAUGGCAAAGCGUAUUCCGUGGUUGGGAGUGAGAUGCAGACGACUAAGGUUCAGAUUGGUCAUCGGAGAGGAUGGGGCACAAGUAGAAAGAUGGAACAGCUCGUUCUUCUGGAACAUACAACUGCUCCAAUUCUUUCACAAGAGAAGCACUGUAACCCGAUGUUUGCAAGCUACUCGAACACAAAGACUGGCCAAUCUCCAGCUUUUGUAUCCAAAAUUGUGGCUAACUUCCCAAAGGACAAGGCUUUUCGCACUUGUCCGACCAACCCAACAGGCGGCUUUCCUGUGAGCAUUUGCAAGAUGAUAAUGCCAAACGACUCUUCCAUUAGCCUCUUCGUUAAAUACCACCCUGCAGAUUCCGAAGUCGCAUAUCUUGGAGUCGAGAAGUACGUUUUCGGGUUUGAGAUCGCCGUGAAGUAUCCUUUCGGGUUUUAUGGAGUGCAAGAAACAGAGGGCACUGGAGAUUUCAGCUAUAAUCCGAGUUCGAGUCACCCAAGACAAAGGAGACAGAUACACCCGUUGUUCCCACCUUGUCUCAGCCUGAAACUCUCGGAGAAACAGAACGUGGCUGAUUCCAGUUCUGACAAAGAGAACUCUCCCAGCUCAAGCAUACCCUCGCCGGAAAUUCCAACAAGUUCAUUGCAAUUCAAGGACCCUGCGUCUUUCCACCGAUCAAUCCAACACUUAGCUUCCAAUUUCUGCCUUUGGAUCCUCUGUUUCUCAAGCGUAACUCUGCAAUGGACAGUUCCACGAGUU